AUGCCUACCGCUCGUGCAGCCUACGUGGAUCCAGGCCGCUGCAACAACUUCUAUCGUGUUCUCCUAAUUCCACAAGGAGCGGGUGAGACAAGUGGCUCAACAAAGGGUAUCUCUCCCCCUGAAGGCCCGCGAAACUUACACUUGUCUGCUGCUUCACCUGGUUCCCUCACUACCACGCUGGCAGCCUUCAAUACCUAUCAGCGAAGGGACUCUAUUGCAUGGGUUGCAAAGGAAGCUAUCGGGGUGAGCAUCAGCCGGUGCAACAUCCUUAGUUUGAGGUUCAGCAACAGCACCAUCACCACCACACUCACGCUGCCAAGUUGUCGUAAGAUAAGUUAUCGCCGCGGCGCCAUGGACCCCCGGCCACGCUGCCGCUCGUCCGAUUCAAACUUCCCGCGCCCUCACUCCACGUGGACCCCACGCCACUCCUGCACCCACCUUGGAAAAAGUUUGAAUUUGAUUGGUUCCCUGGUCCGUGAUCGAUGGCAAGACCCGCCCACAUUUGACCAUAAAUGGCUAAAAAAGACAUGUAAAAAACGUCGGAUUCUGAGUGGCUGGAUUCCACCCUCGCGCGGAGCGGAUUGGACGCCGUCCGACCAAUGGGAAGGCGGGAGGCUUGUAUUCCACGUGGAGGCACCGUGCGGCCAGAGGAACAGCAGCUCCCCGGGCGAGAAGUACCGCCCCCGGUCCCGCACUCCUGACGACCACGACGCCAAACGCCGGAAGGAGGACAAGGGCCACGACUCCGACGGCGAAAAGAGCGAUCAGGACCUGGUCGUCGAUGUCGCCAACGAGGACCCAACAACUCCUCCACAGGCGAACGGCGACCACCGCGACGUGCGGGAGAACGGCGAGAAGAAGCCCGAGCGGCCGCCCUCGCAGUCUUCGUCGUCGCGAUCCACGCCGCAGCUCAAGCACGAGAAGAGUGACCCUCGUUCCACCCCCACGUCCAAGUCUGGUGGGGGGAGCGGCGCCCCCUCCGGGCCCCCUGGCUCCUCCGGCGUGAAGCCCCCCGGCGCCCCCCCUGGUGGUGCCGGUCCGUCCCCCCACUACCCCCCCUCCCCCUACCUGCCCCCCGGCGCCGCUGGGCCCCGACCUGACCUGCCCCCCGGCCCGCCCCGCCCUGACCUCCCGCCCUCCGCCGCCUACCCCCCAGGGCACCCUAACAACUACCUCCGCCCACCGGGCUCCGGCUAUGACCCCCACGGUGUGCGGCCGCCUCCGCUCGCUUCCAACGGCAUUCCAACCAACGGCUCCGCUGGGAAACCGGCCUAUAGCUUUCAUGUGAGCGGCGAGGGCCAGCUGGCCCCCGUGCCGUUCCCCUCGGACGCGCUGUUGGCCCCGGGCAUUCCUCGGCACGCGCGGCAGAUCAACACGCUGCACCACGGCGAGGUGGUUUGCGCCGUCACCAUCAGCAACCCCACCAAGUACGUGUACACGGGCGGCAAAGGCUGCGUCAAGGUGUGGGACAUCAGCCAGCCCGGGUCCAAGACGCCCGUGUCGCAGCUGGACUGCCUGCAGCGGGAUAACUACAUCAGGUCCGUCAAGCUCCUGCCUGACAUGCGCACCCUCAUCGUGGGCGGCGAGGCGUCCACCCUCAGCAUCUGGGACCUGGCCACGCCCACGCCCAGGAUCAAGGCAGAGUUGAUAUCCUCCGCCCCCGCGUGCUACGCCCUGGCCAUCAGCCCCGACUCGAAGGUGUGCUUCAGCUGCUGCAGCGACGGCAACAUCGCGGUGUGGGACCUGCACAACCAGACGCUGGUACGGCAGUUCCAGGGCCACACGGACGGCGCCUCCUGCAUCGACAUCUCGCCCGACGGCACCAAGCUGUGGACGGGCGGCCUCGACAACACCGUGCGGUCGUGGGACCUCCGCGAGGGGCGCCAGCUGCAGCAGCACGACUUCACCAGCCAGAUCUUCUCGCUGGGCUUCUGCCCGACCGGCGACUGGCUGGCCGUGGGCAUGGAGAGCUCCAACGUGGAGGUGCUGCACGUGAACAAGCCCGACAAGUACCAGCUGCACCUGCACGAGUCCUGCGUGCUCUCCCUCAAGUUCGCCUCGGCCGGCAAGUGGUUCGUGUCCACGGGCAAGGACAACCUGCUCAACGCGUGGCGGACGCCCUACGGCGCAUCCAUCUUCCAGUCGAAGGAGUCGUCCUCGGUGCUGAGCUGCGACAUCUCCGCGGACGACAAGUACAUCGUGACGGGCUCGGGCGACAAGAAGGCCACCGUCUACGAGGUCAUCUACUAAAGUGGCCGAGCCGCCGCGACCUAGUGCCUGGACCCCGCAGGAGGGGCGUCUCCUUAGGGAUAUUCAGGGCACCCUGAGAGGGCGGCAGAGCAGAUUUGCCGUGUGGACCGUGGUAUCCAUAAGCGAUGCGAAGGCGCCAGAGUGGCAGUGUACAGCGACCGGGCUUGCCCCAAGUGAUAGCGUUCAUCUUUUAUAAUGAAGCAAUUUAUGUGAUUCGAGGGCGGGUCCGAGUAGAUUAGAGGAACUUACUGGAUCGGAUCGGUGGUGUUCUCCGCGGCGGAAGCAGAGCCGCCGGCGCCCUUCGGGAGCCGACCCCGCCGCCGCCGCCGCCCUGUGUGUCUCGAGGAGCAGCGAGUCCUGCAACAAAAGUGGAUCUGGAGGGCGUCACUCGCGAGGCGGGAGUGGAUCAGAACACUUACCAUAGGUACAUUUAGCUUCAAUGGAUAAUUCAGUAGGUUCAUUCCUUUAACCUAUUUUAGUUGUCCUUAUUGGUUCCAGAGCCAUUUUAGGUUCUACUAUGAUUUCUGUCUCGAUUAUUAGGAGACCUCAUGUAAAGUAUUAAAGCUAUUCCCAAGGUCUUGCUCACACGAGAGGCAACAAAGGCUCUGAAAUCCCAUUCGGAAACUUGCCGAAAAAGUAGACAUCGACGUCGGUCUUCACGGGCCCCGCCCAGGGGGGAGGGGGGAGGGGAGGGGCAUGGGGGAAGGGCCGGCCGUCUGUGUGACCUUGGCCGAGGGCGGAGGAGGCGCGCCCACGGGAGAGCCCUUCCUGCGGCGUCUGCCCGGGAAGACCGACCUUGAGGGUCUACGUAGAAGGUCCUUGGCUCAACGCCUUCGUCAGGAUUCUUAUGUUUUGAGUUCUUCGAGUGCCAGUGAUCGACUUCAAGUGGAAAGACUGAAAAGCCUCCUUUGCAACUUGUGUUUGUCUUGUUCUCUUGAAGGCGUUGGUGAGUGUGACUGGGUUACCUGACGGUCCGGAAGAAGGGUCGUCUCGACUUAAACUAAGACGUGUAGACGUGUCAACAAUCGCCUCUUAAAGACGUUCGUGCUGGAGACCUUCAGAAAAUUCUUGCAGCCAAAAAGAUAACUUAAAAAAAAAAAAGUAAGAAAAAUGUGAAAGGAAAUUUCUCCGAUGGUGGUUCUCCAUUAACCGUUGCGCCAACAAGCCCUGGUACUUCUUGUUUCCUCUGUUUUGUGGUUAUCACCCCCCCCCCCCUCCUUCCCUCGCUCCCUCUACUCCCCCCCCCAUCACAGUCCCUCCCCUCAUCUCAA